CACACCACAAACGAACCAAACCCCCUUCGCUUCCUCACACCCUUACGCUACGAUUUGCCAACCUCUGACAGCACGACAGAGAGGUAGCAUCCUCCGAAAGCGACCAUCCUUCUCAGCCUCGUCUCGUCCGAUCCCCAGCGAGUUGGACCAACCUACCUUCAGCCUCGUCAAGCCAACCCCACAUUGUGCUAUUGCAGGUAGUGACGACAGCUACUCCUACAGCAGUAGUACCCCACCUCGGAGCUUCGUGAACAUCACAGACGAGCAGCUCUCACGAUGGAGCAGACCAAAGCUCUCAAUGCUCUCGAGCCCUUCCUGGCCCUGAGCAAGUCAGCAACAUCCCCCCGCGCCGCAGCCGACCUCGUCACCCGCGCAACAUCAAACCCAAACACCUUCCUCUUCACAGAGCUCCUCGAGACCCCGCAAAUCCAAGCCCUCGCCCAGUCCCCCGACUUCGAACCGCACCUCCGCCUCCUCGAGCUCUUCUCCCACGGCACCUACGCCACCUACCAAUCCGCCUCGGCAUCGGGGAGCCUGCCCCAGCUCAACGAUGCCCAAACCCUCAAGCUCCGCCAGCUCUCCCUCCUGACCCUGGCCCGCGACCGCUCGAACCUGACCUACGCAGCCCUCCAGUCCGCCCUCGGCCUCUCCUCCACCCGCGCCCUGGAAGACCUCGUCAUCUCCGCAAUCUACGCCGGCCUCCUCGACGCGACCCUCGACCCCCACCGUCAAGUCGUCCAGGUGAACUCCCUCGCCGCCCUCCGCGAUCUUGCCCCCGGCGCCGUCCCGCCCAUGAUCGCCGCCCUCCGCGCCUGGUCCAGCCGCUGCGAAUCGACCCUCGGCGACCUCGAAUCCCAGAUCGCAGGCAUCCGCGACGCCGCGGCCCGCCGCCAGCGCGAAAAGGCCGCGCAGGACGCCCGUCUGGCCAAGCUCGUCGAGGACGUCAAGAAGGAUCCCGAGGCGGGGGGCGCCGGUGGUCCCGGGGGCAGGAAGCUUGCCGUCGGUCAUGCACAGCACGGCGGCAGCAGCAGUGGGGAGAGGGUAGGCGGCUUCUUGGGCCACACGUCUAGGGCGCAGCGGUACAAUAAGCGAGGUAGCACCAGCAUGAUGGACAACACGGAGGAGAUUGACGACGAGGCCAUGGACGUGGACGAGGAGGAUGACGAGCAGGAGAAGAAGCGUGCCAGCCGACGGAAGCUUUAGUGGAUUGAUUGGUUGCUAGUAAAGCCGGAGCUGUAGAGGACACUUCCGGCUCGUCUCGGGAACACUUUUCCCGGCGUUACCCAUGGGGACCAUCGGCCAGAGAACCCGUUGGAGGCUCGGUGGCACUUGAUAGACGGUCAGGACGUGGCAUAAGAUGAUGGCUGAAGGGAAGACAGCCGAAAAGUAGCACAGGCAUUAUCAC